UCGGCCCCGGCAAGAUGGCGGCCCCCUUGGAGCUUAGUUGCUGGGGAGGCGGCUGGGGGCUCCCAUCUGUACACAGCGAGUCCUUGGUGGUGAUGGCUUACGCCAAAUUUUCUGGUGCACCCUUGAAAGUCAAUGUCAUAGAUACCACCUGGAGAGGUUCGAGAGGAGAUGUACCAAUUUUGACAACUGAAAACAACAUUGUUUCUCAACCAGCAAAAAUACUAAAUUUUUUAAGAAAACAGAAAUAUAAUGCUGAUUAUGAACUCUCAGCAAAACAAGGGGCAGAUACCUUGGCUUACAUUGCUCUCCUAGAAGAGAAGCUUCUUCCUGCAGUGCUUCACACAUUCUGGGUUGAGAGCGACAAUUACUUCACUGUGACAAAGCCAUGGUUUGCUUCACGGAUUCCUUUCCCAUUGAGUUUGAUCCUGCCUGGAAGAAUGUCUAAGGGAGCACUGACGAGGAUUCUCCUGACCAGAGGAGAGCCUCCCCUCUACCACCUCCGAGAAGUGGAAGCACAGAUAUAUAGAGAUGCCAAGGAGUGCCUAAAUCUUCUGUCAAACAGAUUGGGAACAUCUCAGUUUUUCUUUGGAGAUACGCCUUCUACUUUGGAUGCCUAUGUGUUUGGUUUUCUUGCUCCUCUUUAUAAAGUACGCUUCCCUAAAGUUCAGUUACAAGAACACUUGAAGCAGCUCUCCAACCUGUGUCGCUUUUGUGAUGACAUCCUAAACAGUUAUUUUAGGCUUAGUCUUGGAGGAAUCUCUCCUGCUGGACAAGAAACUGUAGAUGCAAAUCUGCAGAAACUCACACAACUUGUAAAUAAGGAAUCCAACUUGAUUGAAAAGAUGGAUGACAAUCUUCGCCAAAGCCCUCAACUUCCUCCUCGGAAACUGCCGACACUUAAAUUGACUCCAGCAGAAGAGGAAAGUGAUUCCUUACAACGGCUAUCACCCUGAUAGGUGACAUGCUUCUGUCCAAAGUAAUAUGAUUGUUGCAGUCAUCUUUUACACUAAGUGUGUGGAGGCUAAAAGAAAAUGCCAUUAAUAGGUAUAAGGAAGACUCUACAACAAAAGAAACUUUCUACGACAUCUAUUUUUUUUAAAUUAGGAAGCUUGUCUUUUAGCUUGGCAAUGCACUUUAAAUACCAUCAAAGUGAAUGCUAAAUGAACUUGGGAAAAAACAUAACACAUUGAAAUAAAAAAAAAAUAUAUAUAUAUAUAUAUAUAUAUAUAUAUAUAUAUCCCUGCCUUAACCUUGGCAGAUUUUUGCCUUUGGUUCCCAUGUUGCUGACCAAAAGCUGCAAUUCUGCUCUGAACGUGCAAUCUUCAUUUAUUCAAGCUAAUUUAUUUAGUUUUCUUAGAUCAGCCUGAAUAUCUAAUAUGUGACACUUUGGCUAAGGCCUUUUUCUUCUGUUUAGAAAUCUGAUGCCUAUUCUAGACAUUAUGAAAAAUAUAUUAUUCUAAUAUUCUUAUAUUCUAUUUACUUCAAUAGAAAAGCCUCUAUUUAACUUUAAAAAGCAAUGAGGAAUGUGCUUUUUAAUUAUGCUUUCAUAAGUCUAAUCUUUUGGGGGGGUUAGUACCAUAUAUAAAUAUUAAAGGUGGUUAUAUAUAAUAUUUAUCUUACUAUAUGCACUUCAAUAUAACAUUACUAUUUGUUGGUGUGUUCAGUAUAAGUUAGUAAGGGCUCUUUUAGUUUAUUGGGCGAAUGUGGCAGCUUUAGCCCUAUGGAUUUGUAGUGUAUCUUUUUUUUUUUUAAGAUUUUAUUGGGGAAUCGGCGGGAAGGGGAACAGACAAGUUGCUGUUGUUU